CUGUACAGUUCUUCCUCAUGUUGCUGCUCCCUCUGUGUCCUGCAGGUGGUGCUGAGGAGUCAGUAGUUUGGGAGGAGAAUGUACCUGACCUGGCUGCCCUCAAAUUUCUCCAUACUGUACCAGAACCACGCAGAGGAAAGCCAGAGCCUGUUGCGAUUGCUGCAUCUCCUGCAGUCUCCUCUGGACCAGCACUAAAGCCCAGACCUCCUCCGUCCGGCCCGGCUACUCUACAGGGGCUCAGAGACGAGAUCCACGACAUGAGAGGAGAACUGGAGCUGCUGAAGAAUCAGCACAAGAGAGAGAUUACACUGAUGAUGAACGAACUGGACGAGGAGAAGAAAAUGCGCCUAUCGCUGCAGUGAGUGGUUUAUUCUGGUAGUGUAGUCUGGAGACUGAAGAUUGCAGGUAGAGCUGAGUGUAAGAGAGACAGGAGCACUUUCAGCACCAGGUGUGACACUUUUUUACUAUAUUAGCCCUGUAUUUUUUUCUGGAAACUGUUUAACAAGACAGAAAAACAGGUGUGAUAAAAAUCUGCAUUAGUGAAACACAUGAAUUAUCUGUUUAUUACCAGCUUUUAGAUUGCCAUUUUGACCAGUAAAUAAUGUGCCAGUCCCUCUUUUAUAUUUGCAAUGUAAUAAUGA